ACGUCAUACGUAUUUCUGUUGCUCAAAUGAUAAAAGUGACAAUGACAUUUGACUGACAACUCAGACUCUGGUUUUUGAUAUUUUGAGCGGAAACAAUUGCGGAAGGGCUAGUAUUAGGACGAAUUAAGUGAUGGCAGAUGAUAUUAAAGCCAGGAAACUGGCGGCGGCCAGAAAGAAAUUGAAAGAGUAUCAAGCGAAGGAGAAGGUCGUGGGCGGAAGUAAAUCAGACCAUGAACAGCAUGAGAAGUUGGAUGCCCAGGAGGUGCGCCGGUUGGAGUCGACAGAAGCCAUCGCUCCGGUGAAUAUGAAAACUUCGGCUCCCCCGAGCACUGAUAUUUCUGUAGCGUCGCUGUCAAAGUCUAACGCAUCCAGUUUCGACAGUGAAACAGCUUCAAUCAAUGGAACCCACACGCAGCAUCCUCAACCAAUUGAGAACUUCCUGCCGGCUUCCAACGACCUGGUUCACUCCAACACAAUCGAACUCUUGAUCAAUGAGAAAGCCUCCCUUUGCUCUGAACUCGCACAUUACAAGGCUAUCAGCAAGGAAAAGUCGUUGGAAUUAGAGGAGGCGAAUAUAAGGAUUCAGGAUGCUUUGAAAAGGAUUGAAAAGCUGGAGAAGGAUUUACUGAGUGGCCAGACACAAAACGCUCAAUUGCAGGCUAACAUUGAGCGUCUGAAUGCAUCAGCUGUGCAGUCGGAAAACGAAGUGGAUAAGUUGAGGCAGGAAAAUGUAGAGCUGCGGGAUCACGUCGAGGAGCUGAAGCAAACUCUUCAGAAGGGCAACGAACAGAUGAAGGUUCUUGAAGAUCGACUGAAGGAGAAGGAAUGCGAAUUGGAGUUGAAUCGAAUCAGAAUCAAUCAAAUUUCGGAUGUGGCUUCGGUGGAGAAUGAUUCCAAAGUCGAGGCUCUCACGCAAACGAAAUUCAUGCAUGAACAGCAAAUUCGCGAUUUACAGGCGAUGGUUCAGCAGUUGGAAACUGAACGUGAACAAUCCAAUCAGCAAUAUCAAAACUAUGUCCAGCAUCUUAACAAAGAGAUCACGGCCUUCUCCGAGCGAAAUUCAAAACUCACAGAAGAAAAUACUAGGCUAGCCGAGCGAGAGCGUGGCUUAGUCGAGCAUGUUGGUGAACUGGAGAAACAGUUGCAGCAAAUUAUAGCAAACCAGUCGAAGCAAUCAGCCGUAGUUGAGCAACACGAUAGUGAUAAGAAAACAAUUUCCGAAGAAGAAGUCGAACUUCGAACGAAGGAAUUACUAAACGAAAAAAAUGUGUUAUCGGAAAAGGUCCAAGUUCAGGACGCUCAAAUUGCCGAUAUGCAAAGACUGAUGGAUGAGAAACUUGAACUCAUUCAACAACUUGAGGAACGAAUCGAAAACUUCACAUCAAUACAAUCGGAUAGCACGAAAUUACUAGCAAAAGUGGAAAGUAAUAGCGUAGCUGCCUCGCGUGCAGUAGCGCAGAAUGAAGAGUUGAAGAAACAGUUGGAUGAAGUUCAAACGAAACUGAUCCAGGUUACGAAUGACAAAGUGGAACUGACGAAUCUACUUGAUGCUGAGCGAUAUGGAAAUCGUGAAAUUAGAGCGAAUUAUGAGACGAUGGAGAAUCAAUUGACGACAAUCACAGAGAAGUUGCACUUUAAAGAUGAGGAAAUGAUUCGAUUGACUAAAGAAAACACCGAGUUGAGUGAAACGAUUGAUAAAUUAAAAGGAAUAAGUCGUGAACGUGUGGAUCAUGAUCAUCACAAUACACACAACGGAAAGCAUGAACACGGAGAUAGUUGUGAUCAUAGUCAUGACCAUAUCGAUGGAGGACACGAUGGGCAUGAUCAUGAUCAUCACCACGGCCAUGAUCAUCACCACGACCAUGAUCACCAUCAUGAUCAUCACCACGACCACGAUCACGGAUCUGAUCAUCACCACGACCAUGACCACAGUCAUAAUCACGGUGCAGAGGAUGACCAUAAUCACAGCCACGAACACCAUAAUCAUGAUAGCUGUCAAGCGACUAAACUAGACCGACCGGCAGACCAACAAUCUUCGCCAGCCAUUCCACAAAGCGAAGCUAUGCAAAAACUAGAAGCCCGUUUCAAAUCACUGAUGAACGACGUAGCAAAUUUAACGGAUGAAAAACAACGACUUGAACAUCUGGUUCUCCAGUUACAAGGCGAAACUGAUACGAUCGGCGAAUACAUUGCACUCUAUCAAGCACAGAGGCGUGUUUUGAAGCAACGUGAAAUUGAAAAGAACACACAACUACAUAAGCUUAAAUCGGAACGUGAAGAAUUGCAUAACAAAGUCACCCUCCUGAAUCAACUGGUGAAUAGUUUAUCGCAACAAGUGGGUGCUCAAAUGCUGAACAAUAAUAUAAGCGUAUUAGAUCAACAGCAACCAAACGAACGGCAACAACUCCAAGGAUCGGGACAGGAUCAUGAGAAUGUACGAUCCACGACUCCCAGUUCUGCAUCAGAAGCUUCAGAAGGAAAUCAAAUAAUUUUACCGAACACAAAACAACUCAAUUCAAGUGAAAUCAUUCAUGCAAUCAAAAAUAUCGUGGCGGACAUAAAAAACAGUGAAACGAAUGAUUUUGAUUUAAGCGUUGUUCCAACGCUGGAUCAUUGUUCGUGUUGCUCGGGAAAAUUCGAAACGAUUUAGUAACCAAUAUCCGAAUGUAAUAAUAAAAUUUUAGAAUAUUUGCUUGUGAUGUGAAAAGGGGACGAGUUGGUUUUGUGUUUUGUAAAACAUGAGAUAUUGCCUUAUAUCAAUUAUAAAAAAAAACUUAUUGUAAGGAAGACUAUGUUUAUUAUGCGAUAUAUAACCGAUAAAAGUUUGUUUUCGU